AUGCACAAAAUUUGGCUGAUUUUUGGAUUUUUUAUGGUGGUUUUGGUGAAAGGUGGGUCUAUUUUUCAGAAAAAAAAAUUUUUUUUCAAAUUUUUUCAAACAUUUUGCGUAGGCACACGGCAUUUCCCCAAGGCACAAUUUUUCAGGAAAUUUUGGUGACGAAGGCGGCAAUGUGGGUGAAAAUGAGGAGGGCGAGAAUAAGUUUGCCGAACUUUUUCAACAAAUGAUGGCCAAACAUAGGGGUGAGUGCGAUUUUCAGCCAGAUUUUCAGAAUCAGCACGGAAUUUGGAGCAUUUUGAGUGGUUUUUGUGCAAAAUUUGAAAAAAAAAUUUUUGGAGCCCUGGGGGGUCCUUUAAGACGAAAAAUCUGAAAAUUUUGAAUAUGGGGCUCAUUUUGCUCCAAAUUUCACGGGGAAUCUGGAAAACCUAAUCUCACUUUUUGAAAAUUGCUGUAACUCCAGAAAAAUGCUGAAAAUUCCAGCAUGAGAGGGUCCUUUAAGACGAAAAAUCAAAAUUUUCAGAAACCUAUGAAUAUGGGGCUCAUUUUGCUCCAAUUUUCACGGGGAAUCUGAAAAACCUAAUUUCACCUUUUGAAAGUUGCUGUAACUCCAGAAAAACGCUGAAAAUUCCAGCAUGAGGGGGUCCUUUAAGACGAAAAACCAAAAUUUUCGGAAACCUAUGAAUAUGGGGCUCAUUUUGCUCCAAUUUUCACGGGGAAUCUGGAAAACCUAGUUUCACUUUUUGAAAAUUGCUGUAACUCCAGAAAAAUGCUGAAAAUUCCAGCAUGAGGGGGUCCUUUAAGAUGAAAAACCAAAAUUUUCAGAAACCUAUGAAUAUGGGGCUCAUUUUGCUGGAAAUUUUACGGGGAAUCUGGAAAACCUAAUCUCACUUUUUGAAAGUUGCUGUAACUCCAGAAAAAUGCUGAAAAUUCCAGCAUGAGGGGGUCCUUUAAGACGAAAAAUCAAAAUUUUCAGAAGCCUAUGAAUAUGGGGCUCAUUUUGCUGGAAAUUUUACGGGGAAUCUGAAAAAUCUAGUUAGAACCCUGGAAACUGGCUAGGAGCCCGGGAAAAAGCUGAAAAUAUGAAAUUUUCGAAUAUAAAGCUUCCUGAAAUUAAAUAUCUAUUUAUUUUGCUGGUCACUAACUAACAUCAGUAUUAUUUAUUAUUCUAAAAAAAACCCCCGCGCAGACCGAAAAAAAUGUGUAAUUAUAUAUCUUUGUAGUCCAUAAGCCCAGCCAAAAACAUGUGUACAUAUUUGAGUGAAAUCCAAGAAGAUUUCUAUUUUUUUGGGCGUAUUUUUUUAACGCGCAAAGUUUAAAGAACUUUGGGAUUAUCCCAAGAAAAUCUAUUUUUUUUAUUUUUUAUUUUCGUACAAAAACAUUUGGAAAAAUUAGGUAAAAUGACGAAUUUUUGUAGUUUUCCAGUUUUCCCUGCGAAAAUAUAUAAUUUCUGAUGUCAGGCGAAAAAAAUUUCGAAAAAAAAAAUUAAAUUUUCCCUCGUUGAUCAAAUUACAUUGGUCAUGGCUAGAAAAAAUUGGAGUAUUAAAUGUGUUGCGAAAAAUUUUUUGGGGGAGACGAAAUUAAUUUUUUUUUGUUCUCUGGAAAAUGCAUAAGGCGAUAGUUUUUGCAAAAUUCUGAAAUUUCAGCCAAUUUCACUUAGAUUUUCGUAAUCUCUAUGGAAAUUCCAGCAAAAUGAGCCCCAUAUUCAUAGGUUUCUGAAAAUUUUAUUUUUUCGUUAAAGGACCCCCUCAUGCUGGAAUUUUCAGCAUUUUUCUGGAGUUACAGCAACUUUCGAAAAGUGAAAUUGAGUUUUUCAGAUCCCCCGUGAAAUUUCCAGCAAAAUGAGCCCCAUAUUCAUAGGAUUCUGAAAAUUUAGAUUUUUCGUCUUAAAGGACCCCGUCAUGCUGCAAUUUUCAGCAUUUUUCUGGAGUUACAGCAACUUUCGAAAAGUGAAAUUGAGUUUUUCAGAUCCCCCGUGAAAUUUCCAGCAAAAUGAGCCCCAUAUUCAUAGGAUUCUGAAAAUUUAGAUUUUUCGUCUUAAAGGACCCCGUCAUGCUGCAAUUUUCAGCAUUUUUCUGGAGUUACAGCAACUUUCAAAAAGUGAAAUUAGGUUUUCCAGAUUCCCCGUGAAAUUUCCAGCAAAAUGAGCCGAAAUUUUUAUUUUUUCCUUAAAGGACCCCCCUAAGCAAAUUUUUUUUUCAAAAAUUUCUCUAAGUACACUCAAAAUGCUCCAAAUUCCCUGCUGAGUCUAAAAAUCACGCUGAAAAUCCACAAUUUCCAGCCAAAUUCCAUAAUUUUGCAGAACAAAGUGUAUCAUCGUCUCGCGAUUGUCAAUUAUUAUACGAAGACUGCUCCUCGGGACCAAAACGCACUAAAUUGGUCAAUUUUUUCGUGCGUUAUUAA